CGGAUCCCCGACGUUGACGACAAUGACGUGCCUCAAUCUCUCGGUUAUCUGAGCUUUCGCUAAAAGGGCGGCAGCAGACGCGCCGUCCAUGCCGGUUUAAGUCCGCUAAGAAGCCACUAGUCCAAUUAACCGAGAGGAAGGUGGGAAUACACGCAAGUUAGGCUUCUCAAACUGACGUUAACUCACUGCUCCGCGUCUGGACCAUGGAUAUGCGCGCCACCGCGGCGUAUGAUGAAGAACUGAUUCGACGGCCCGCCGUGACCGGAGAAGUUGGACCCCGGCAGCGACACACAUCAGUGAUACGCAUGCGUCUUUAGAGCGGUUGUAGGAACCUACUGGCGGUUUAGGGCUCACACAAUAAGCCCUUGUAAGCUCCCUGAACGUCUGUUAUCGGGUCCCCUGCGCGCGCGUCAUCCGGAGACCCUCCGGAGCUUCCUCGGACCGUUGGUGAGAGUGACUCGUUGACAUGGAAACGUUCACCGACGUGCUGCUCGUGACCGCGAAUGUCGGGUCACUCUUUGACAAUGUGGGUGAAAUUCAAAAUGAGUGGUUACAAGAACUCUAUACGAUUGUCCACAGCCACAACCCACAGUUCAUUGCCCUGCACUUCCAGGAGGUGGGAGGAAAGGACUACAUGGUCAACAUGGGCCAUGCCGAAAACUUUUUCCGGAACAUUGACUCCAGUGAGGAAAUGAAAGACUUUGACAGGGUCUGCAUCUAUGUGGACAACCAGUUCCAAGCCGAAGACAGUUUCACGGCUUUGGGGAGCUUGUACUUCAUACGGAAGACACUGAAAAACAUCUAUCAGUAUGAUUUUAAUGUUAAGGAUUUUAAAGCAGUGUCGGGACGAAACAAGCAUGUGGGCCCUCUGGAGGGGGUCGCUACCGUGGAGAAAGAAAAAUUCCCAAAGAAUUUCUGGCCUGAUUUCAAGUGGUCCAGAAAGGGCUUCAUGAGGACCCGCUGGAUUAUACACAACCAAGGUCUGGACCUGGUCAAUGUCCACCUGUUCCACGAUGCCUCCAAUCUCGUUGCCUGCAGCUCCAGUCCGUCCAUUUACUCAGCCAACCGCAAAAACGCUCUCAGAUAUGUCAUUAACAGGAUAUCAGACAGCCGCUACACUCCUCUGCCUUUCAUCGUGUUUGGAGAUUUUAACUUCCGUCUAGACACGCUUAGUCUGGUCCAGCAUCUGUCCACAGCGGCGGACGUGCAGACAGUGAAGAAGGAAUGCAGCAAUGAAGUGGAGAAGAUCAUCUGUGAAGAAAAAGACAACGACCGCCAGGUGCUGCUCCGCGUUGAGGAUAAGUUGUUCGUCUACCUGCACCCGGCGGUUUUCCAGGAGAACAACGGCAGCGCGUUUUUAAAGUACGACAAAGAAGUUGCAGCCUUUCAUGAUGUUAUUAAGGAAGAGGACAUCGAGUUUCCACCCAGCUACCCCUACAGCGAGGAGUACACUAAACCGACCCAGUACAUGAACACUCGCUGUCCGGCCUGGUGUGAUCGUAUCCUAAUGUCGCACUCUGCCCAAGAAUUCAUCUACAAGGGAGAGGACGGGGAGAAGUGUGUUGUUUACAACACGGUGGGUCCUCGCGUCUGCAUGGGAGACCAUAAGCCAGUUUUCUUGUCCUUCUCACUGAAGACAAUUGACCAUUGACUAGGAUCCUUGGAAAUGGUCUCUACCUACACCAUCCUCGCAGCUGAAUCCACAGUAUCAGUACAAGAGGCUAUUCACCAUAAAAGUUACCAGGCACAAACUCUCCCGUCCCGCCAGCAGCAGGUGUCAAAUGCUGUGAACUACACGUCCCUGGUGUCACACACAUGACUGUCUCACUGCCACGUGCUGUCCGACCACAACCCGAGGGACACAAGCUUAUCAGCAGCUGGCGGUUGUAGUUUUCCAGAUUAUCUGCUCGCUCUCAGAUCUUAAAUCCUGUUACCGGAAAGCUUGGCAUCACAGAGAAUGUUCCUGCCAUUCCUGCCUGCCUCCAUUGGGACAGAGACUGAAGUGAUCACAUGGACGUGUAUGCAGACCAUUCCUACCUUUUAAAAUGAUGCCUUUUUCUCACAGGCAGUGUCAGACAAACCCCACCGUAAACAUGCUCAGCGCUUAUCAGCCCUAUAUAUUUUAUUCAAUGUCCUCAGCCAGUCCGAUUAUUUUUUUCCAACUGGACUGAAUAUCUUCCACUCCAAGAGGUUUUACAUUUUUUGAUCGUUGGGUCAAUAAGAAUCCAGUAGCAUAAAACUGCUGCAAAUAAUGCUAUUAUUAAAAACAACUAUAAACCCACUAAUCUUGUUGAAGACUAAAAACUUAGGUGAUUUUUAAUAUCAAGUAUUUGACCAGUCCUGCUGACCAUGUGUGUAUCAUUUUAUUUAACAAUUAUAGUUCAGAGAUUUAUACUUGUUGUUAGCUAUCACUGUAAGCAACAUUUUACUCCAGUUCAGGAAUGCUGCCGUUUUCUGUCAACACAACAGUUUGUCCAGAUGCCCUCCAUAGAUAAAACAGCUAACUCUACAUACGUGCUGCUAAUGUGCUUUCUUACACUGCGUUUCCUAUACUUGCAGGUUUGUUGCUUUAGGAAUUCUGCAAAGGAUAGAAUGUAUUAAUGCAACAAAGCUGUCAAAGUUAAAGUGACAUUCUAAUGUACCAAAUGUACAACAAUACCAAGUGCUUUAUUCUACAACCUAUAACACAGCAGUUCUCAUCCUCACUGUCUAAAAUGAUUUUCCCCCUUUUCUGGUUGUCAUUGACCUAAUGUCAUUAGCAAAAAAAUUAUACUGCGUCCUCAUCUGACUACUUUACGGGGUAGAGAUGUUUCCAUCCAUCUGCUUCACUUAAAACUCCACAUGCUGCAUGAAUACAGAAUUGUUUGCUUUUGAAUUCAUUUUUGUCUGUUAUUGUUUUGUUGAUAAAAUGUCUCACACUGUAGCACCGUGGCUGUAUAAUGUUUUGGAUGUGUUAGUUAUUGGGCAGAUGGCUGACCAGCCCCCUUUACAUGGACGUUUACUGUAUAAUGACAUGCAAACCAUUCUUUCUUUUGUCGUUUUUGUAGUUGUUGACUCUCUUUUUUAAAUUAUGCCUUUUUCUUACAGGCAGUGUGAUACAAACCGCACCACAUAUGUGCUCAUUCCUUAUCAGCCCCAAAUCAUUUAUUAACCAUUUUUGGUCAGUCGGACCAUUUUGUACCAACUGCACUAAAUAGCGUCCACUCGAAGGGUUUUCAUUUAUCAUUUUAAAUGCAGUAUCACCAAACUGCUGUAAAUAACAUUUAACUUAACAUUAUUAGCAACCUUAUGGUAAGCCAAAAAUAGAAAUAAUGGGAAAGCAGAGAAAAUGUUCUUUGUAGUUUUUCUAAAAACCUCUUCCACCUUAUUGUGAUUGGCAUCAAGCUUGUUUCAUGGCCAAAAAAAAUGAUACCGUAGUCCUCACAUGUUCAUUUCUAACUACUUAAAUUUGUGUGUGUUUUGUUUUGACAUACUUCUUAGUGGAACAGCAUGCUCCCUAAAGGAAUACUUACCUUAUAUAAAUUCACAGACGUUGAUAUGAAAUUUGGACGGUCUGUCAUGUUUGCACAAUGGUACUGAGGUCUCACCAUAACAAAAGGAAGUGGUAAGAAUCAGUGAUGUUUAUGUAUUUUUUAGUAAUUACGCUGUAGAAAUCCAUGUUUUAUCCGUGGGGAUCGAUACAAAUAAAGUAUAAGGCCAGUAUUACAUUUAGAUUAACUCUGUUCAAACACUACAUUAUCAAAUUUCAUUUUUGUUAAUAAAAUAUUAUCUUUGCAGA